AUGGUAGAAGGUGGUGUGGCCAUUGUUAAAUACAUACUUUUCCUCUCGAAUCUCGUGUUAUGGGUGGCCGGCUUGGGUUUGAUCAUAACGGGCACGGUGAUGCAGCUCAAAUUCCAGUACAUAUUCGACUUAUUAGGAGACGAUCGAUUAGCGACGCCGCAUGUGCUCAUCGCACUCGGCUUUAUGUGCACUCUGCUCGGAUUUUUGGGUUGCUGUGGAGCGAUCCGUGAGAACUAUUGCCUCACCGUCUCUUUCGCUGUCCUCUUAGCGCUUGUGAUGAUGGUCGAAACAGCGGCGAUCAUUGCUGGUUAUGCACUUAUUGAUCCACUUGAGAAAAGCUUUGGAAAAGAGCUCACUGAUGGUCUAAAAAGGUAUGGGAAAAGCGAAGGUGUGACGUGGGCUUGGGACGAGAUGCAACAGAAGUUCCAAUGUUGCGGUGUGCACAAUUCGACGGAUUUCCUAGGGAAUUUACCCGAAUCUUGUUGUGUUCAGCAAGUGUCCAAUUGCAUCAAAUCAAAGGCUCCAAUUCACACAUCUGGCUGUAUGAUUAAAGCACAAAAUUUCUUCAGUCAACACACAUUGAUAGUCGGGAUUUUGUCAACAGUAGUCGUCACGUUACAAGUGCUGGGCGUUUGCUUUGCGUGUUGUCUUUCGAAGAGUAUACUCAAGGAUUUCCACGAUUUCUACUAC